GGGACUGGGAGUGUUGUGUGAAAAGAGUGCAGGCCAACGAGCGAGACAAAAGAGGCUGCGGCUGCAUUGAAUGUGCCGGUGGUGUGUCCGUCUCCGAAGCCACAAGCAAACCACAUUUCCCCCCUCUGGCCUGUACGCUACAGACGGCGAAGAUACAUCGGAGAGGGAAACCAAUUGCGAUAUUGUAAUUGCUGGAAGCGCGAAGUUGAGGACUUGGAAGAAAGCUCCCCUGGACCGGGUGUUCCUCCUCUCCUCUCCCCGUCCUCACUACACGUCGAGUGUGGUGCGGUGUGCGGUUGGAGAUAUAACCCAGAACAAAGGAGUCUUGAAGCAAGGAAUGAGCGAGCCGAGACUAGCUUUGCCAUUACCUUUGAAACCGGGCCAAAUGCCUCUCUGAGACCAACAAUAGUACAUCGGCUGCUCGUAUUUCUCGACGAAGCUUUCCGCCCCAAAAGCGAGAAAGAAGAAGGACAAAAAAUAACGCACACGGAGACACAAGUCGGCGGCUACAAUGUUUCCCCAAAACCGACCACCGGCACCUCUGCAGCCACCCCCGGGGUCCUCCGCCUCAGUGGUGGCAGCUGCAGCAGCGGCGGCGGCAGCAUCGGGGACGCCCCAGUCACUGAAACUCACCUACCCAGAAACUUUGGACCGCAUCAAGGAGGAGUUUCAGUUCCUCCAGACCCAGUACCACAGUUUGAAACUGGAAUGUGAGAAACUGGCCACAGAGAAGACUGAGAUCCAGAGGCACUACGUUAUGUAUUACGAGAUGUCCUACGGCCUUAACAUUGAAAUGCACAAACAGACAGAGAUUGCCAAGCGGUUGAACGUGAUCUGUGCUCAGCUCAUCCCAUUCCUGUCACAGGAGCACCAACAACAGGUGGUCCAGGCUAUGGAGCGCGCCAAACAGGUGACCAUGGGGGAGCUAAAUGCUUCGAUAGGGCAACAGCUUCAGGCCCAGCACCUCUCCCAGCAUGCCCAGGGUUUGCCAAUGGGCCCACACCCGUCAGGACUGCCUCACCCUGGCCUGGCGCUCGGCGGGGGGUCCGGUCUGCUGGCCCUGUCCGGGGCUCUGGGGGCCCAGCUGGCUGCCAAAGAUGAGAGAGCUCACCUAGAGGCAGCAGCAGCCGCCGCCGCCGCUGCAGAGCACCACAGAGACCGUGAAGCAGGACCAAGCUCUCUGUCCAAUGGGGAUAAGGGUCGCCCAGCAGACUACCUCAGCAACGGCAAGAAGAGGAAAGCUGAUGAGAAAGAGUUCAUGACCGACUAUGGCAGCGAUGCGGAUAAGAGUGAUGAUAAUUUGGUGGUGGAUGAGGAUCCGUCAUCCCCCCGCAGUGUGCAAUCCUACUCGUCCAGGGAGAACGGCCUCGACAAGAUGCCCCCCUCCCGUAAGGAGGGCCCCCCCCAGGCCAGCCCUGCCUCCCUGGCCUCCUCCAGCAGCGCAGCCUCUCCGUCUCGUGGCAAAGAGCCCCCACAGAGGGAGAAGUCCAGCACUCCAGGUAUGAAGCCAGGGACCCCCAUGUCUCAAGAGUCCAAUACCCCGGGACCCAGUGGACCUCCGCAGUUCAGACCUGUCCCUGGCAAGCCGGGUGUUGACCCCCUUGCUCUAGGUCUUAGAAACCCCCUGGCGGUGCAGGGAGCGUACCCUCCAGGGGCUUUUGGCCUGCCUCCAGGGGUGAACGGGGACCUGGCCGGGGCGGCAGGUUAUGGCGCCGGCCUCCACUUAGUCUCCCCACAGAUGAACGGAGCUGCUGCAGCUGCAGCGGCGGCUGCUGCCGCAGGCUACGGACGGUCCCCCGUGGUGGGCUAUGAGUCUCCACACCCGCAUAUGAGGGUCCCCGGGCUGCCUGCCAGCCUGCAGUCAGCCGCCUCCGGAAAACCCGCCUACUCAUUCCACGUGAGCGCAGACGGACAGAUGCAGCCGGUGCCCUUUCCACCCGACGCCCUGCUGGGCCCGGGGAUCCCUCGCCACGCCCGUCAGAUUCACACCCUGAACCACGGAGAGGUGGUGUGUGCCGUCACCAUCAGCACCUCGACGCGCCACGUCUACACCGGAGGCAAGGGCUGCGUCAAGGUGUGGGACAUCAGCCAGCCUGGAAGCAAGAGCCCCAUGGCCCAGCUGGACUGUCUGAACAGGGAUAACUACAUCCGCUCCUGCAAACUGCUCUCAGACGGACGGACUCUGAUCGUCGGCGGGGAGGCCAGCACGCUGUCAAUCUGGGAUCUGGCCACGCCCACUCCUCGCAUCAAGGCGGAGCUGACGUCGUCUGCCCCCGCGUGCUACGCUCUGGCCAUCUCCCCUGACAACAAGGUCUGCUUCUCCUGCUGCAGCGACGGCAACAUCGUCGUCUGGGACCUUCACAACCAAACGCUGGUCAGGCAGUUCCAGGGCCACACAGACGGAGCGAGCUGCAUCGACAUCUCCAACGACGGCACCAAACUGUGGACGGGAGGGCUGGACAACACAGUCCGCUGCUGGGACCUCCGAGAGGGACGGCAGCUCCAGCAGCACGACUUCACCUCGCAGAUCUUCUCUCUGGGCUACUGUCCGACAGGCGAGUGGCUGGCUGUGGGAAUGGAGAGCAGUAAUGUGGAAGUCCUGCACGUCUCCAAACCUGACAAGUACCAGCUGCACCUUCACGAGAGCUGCGUUCUCUCCCUAAAGUUUGCCUACUGCGGUAAAUGGUUUGUGAGCACAGGAAAAGAUAACCUCCUGAAUGCAUGGCGGACACCUUACGGAUCCAGCAUAUUCCAGUCUAAGGAGUCUUCGUCGGUUCUCAGCUGUGAUAUCUCUCCUGACGACCAGUUCAUCGUCACCGGCUCCGGGGACAAGAAGGCCACAGUCUACGAAGUCAUCUACUGAACAUUGAUUGGCUGGAAAAAAAACAACUAAUAAUCAGGGGGCGGAGCAAAGGCUCCCUCCUGCACCAGUGACUGUACAGAGCGUCGGUGGCAUGGAAAACAAGAGACACUCAACUCGUACUUUGUUGUUUUGUUUACGUUUGUGAAAGAAAUGAGAAAGAGAAGCAAGGGGGCACAAAGUCACAUCUCUGGAAAAAAAACAAACUGAACUUUGUUUUUAAUGCUCUGAGAACGCUGGUUAGUCUAUAGCUGCGCAAUUGUGGGAUUCCUCCAAAGAACUUUUGCUUUUGUUCCUUUUUGUUCCUUUUUUUAACAAAAUAAAACCUCUGUAGUGAACAAGAAAUUAGCAAAAAAAAAUUAUUUUUUUAGCCUUUGAAUUUUUCGCAAACAGUUGGACUGCAUCGAGUGGAAAAAGACAGAUGUGGGACUGAGGGAAGGUGGAAAGGGUUCAGGGAGGGCUGGGAACUCUUAAUGGAAAAAUACGGUCCUUAUUCUGUGCUGUGUAUAAAAAAUAAAAAAAGUCCCAGCCUGGGUCAGCUUGGCCUGGUUUGGCCUGGUCCGGUCCAGCUACGUGGCUGCUCCUCGGUGCAGCAGAUGCGUGGCAGAUGGCAGGAUGGUGUGCUGUGAGGUUCCAGCUAUUUUUUUUUUCUCCUGGUUAAGUUUCAGCAGCAACAUGAUUGUAUCAUCUCCAGUAUAUAAAGGGUUGGUUUUCUCUAAAGUUUCCUCAAGAGUUAGUCUUUGUUGCUUUUUUUAUUUAUAAAAGAACAAAGUCAGACUUAUUGUUGAGAUCUUUUUGGGAGGAAAACCAGCCUGGAACAGAAAAACCCUGAGGACAGAAAACUGAAGUCAGUUCAAAGAGCUCAGAACAGGAACUGUCCAAGUUUUGGAGAUGUUGCCUCUGCUACGUCAUCGUCAUUCUUAACACUAAACAUUAAAUGUGUUUUUUUUAUUGUAUUUGUUAGGGCACAUAUAGGCAGACAGGUAUUUUCACAACUGCAUCAUGAACCUUGAACCUUGCUAUAUAUGGACAUGUAAAUAAAGUUCUGUAAAGGCAAACAAG